AUGACUCAAAAGUACCAGGAUCUUGAAAUGCAAGAUAUGUCGCUUAAGGCAGAUGCUAAAUUCAAAGGAAACGAGAGCAAAUAAUUCAAUGAGAGCCCACCUCAAGUUGGGUAUGAAUUGAUCCCACCUGAUGGAACAGUACCAAAGGCUGUGCUUCUGCAAAAACUAAAUGCCGGCAUUUUGAAAAUGCUUAAUGAGGCUGGUAGCAAAUACACUGGUGAGACUAAUGAUCAAGGUUAAAAACACGGAGGUGGAAAGCUUGUCUAUAUUGAUGGUUCUAAUUAUCAAGGAGCUUGGAGAAACGGCAAGAGAGAAGGCUAUGGAGAAUUCACCAACAAAGACGGAACCGUCUACAAGGGCCAAUGGUCAAAUGAUAUGAAAAAUGGAGACGGCAAAUUAAUAUAAGCUGAUGGUGCGAUAAUUAAGACAACUUGGCUUAAUGACAAGAAAAACGGUCAAGGUUUGAUCACUUCAAAAGAUGGAAAAACUAGCGAAUGUGAAUACUUCAAUGAUAUUCUCGUCCAGAAAUAAGAUCAAAACCCAGAUUGUUCAAAUUUAGCUCCACUAAAUUUCAUUCUUGGUUGCACAGUAAUCGCCCUUGGAUAUUAUAUUUCAGAGGGAGACUAUAAGCCCAAAAAUAAGUGGGAUAUUAUCGGCUUUGAAAUAUUCUUUUGCUUGGUUUAUCUGUUUGAGUGCGCUGUGUGUAAGACCAAUGCCUAUUUGAGCGAUGUAAUCAGGUCACAUGAAUCUAAAGGAAUUAUAGACGAUUUGAAAGCCAAGGCGCCAAGAAUUGAAAUGGAGAUUGAAAAUUAUCACUACGAGUUGUAUCAUAGAAGAAGAGGAUUAAGUUACGAGAAAAGAGUAUCUAGCAGAUUUUUCAGAGAUUUAAAGUAUGCUGAGUAUAUGGAUUAAUCAGCCGAUGCUUCAUCAGUUGAGCACAUUAAAAAUUACAAGUUAACUAGACUUGAUAUUCAACUCGAUAUUCAAUAUUCAGCCCAAGCAAGUCAAUCAAAAGAAUGCUAAUCUUAUGAUUUCAAAAAAGAAAAGGUCAGCGAUACUCAUUAUGAAUUCAAUCUUAAAAACCAUCUUGAAGGAUUCAGACAAUCAAUUUUGGUGCACAAUGGUUCUCAUGCUGAAAGUCUACCCUGGUACACUAGCAAGACUAUCUAUUGGAUUACACAUUUACUCUUCAUUGGCUGGAUCUUCAGAAUCUUCUUCGUGUCAAACUCUCAAAGAGUUAAAUUCACAAUCGACAAAGUCAUUCUCAAAUGA